UCUAGAGUGUUUACAUAAUUUGCGGAGGAAAAGUGGAUUUCGUGGAUUGCGUGGUUUUCGGUAUUUCGCAAUGUUUCGUAUUGCUGUGCGUAUCGGUGCUGCACGCUCGAGUUUGGUGGCCGGAGGACGCUCGCUAGCAACCGACGGCUUCAAGCCGCCACCGCCGAUGAUCGAUCUCGAGGACAAAUCCCUUCCGAUUCCCGAGUACAAAGAGAAGAAGAAUGAGCCGCUGCAGCUACAGAAAUCUCGCCUACUAUACCAGUCGCGCAAGCGAGGCAUGCUGGAGAAUGGCCUGCUGCUGAGUACGUUCGCUGCAAAAUACCUGCACGGUAUGGACCCACAGCAGACGAAGCUGUACGAUCGCUUGAUCAAUCUGCCUUCGAAUGAUUGGGACAUAUUCUACUGGGCGACGGGCGUGAAACCGACACCGAAGGAGUACGACAACGAGGUGAUGGACCUGCUGAAGGCUCACGUUAAAAAUAACGAGCGGGAACAGCGAUUCACACAGCCGGAUCUGUACGCGAAGGCUAACUAG